CUCUAUGAGAGACAAUAUCGGAUGUUUACAACCAGAAAGUGACGGGAAAAUGGAAGAAAUGAAAGAAAUUGUUUUUGAGAAAAUUCGACUCGAGUUUGUUGAAGUGUAAGCGUAUCUCGUAAAACCCUAAAAACCUCUGUUCUCCAUCAAGUCUCCCUCACUCAACGCCACAAGCACGUACACAACCAGAGAAAUGGCGACACUGCAGUUCCAGCUGCAGCUGGCGAAACCCAACACCUCUUCUUCGUCCUUCUCCGCCGUGUGCCUGCCUCAGCAGAGGCUCUGUUCUGCGCAUAGGAGUAAGCGGAGGGGAAGUACUACGUUCAGGUCAUGGAGUUCGAGAUAUGGGAAUGUGAGCUGCUCAUUUUCUCAAAUGGACAAUGCCAAGAUAAAGGUAGUGGGCGUCGGCGGUGGCGGCAACAAUGCUGUGAAUCGCAUGAUUGGCAGCGGCUUGCAGGGGGUCGAUUUCUAUGCUAUAAACACAGAUUCUCAGGCGCUGUUGCAAUCUGCAGCCGAGAACCCAAUCCAAAUUGGAGAACUUUUGACUCGUGGACUAGGUACUGGUGGGAAUCCCCUCUUGGGAGAGCAGGCUGCUGAGGAGUCGAAAGAAGCUAUAGCCGAUGCUCUGAAGGGGUCCGACCUUGUGUUCAUAACUGCUGGUAUGGGUGGUGGCACAGGAUCUGGUGCUGCUCCUGUUGUAGCUCAGAUAUCAAGGGACGCAGGUUAUCUCACUGUUGGUGUUGUUACAUACCCCUUUAGCUUUGAAGGGCGGAAAAGAUCUCUGCAGGCAAGUUCUAUUUCUUUAUUUCUGCUUUUACCAUCUUGAUGAAGUCUGUCAGAUUGUUGGGCGAUGGAUUUAUGCUUCCUUCCUGUUUUAAUGCACUUGUAGUUGCAAUGUGGAAUUUGCACUUGCAGGCAGUGGAAGCUCUAGAAAAAUUACAGAAGAAUGUUGAUACUCUGAUAGUGAUACCGAACGACCGCUUGCUUGACUUAGCUGAUGAGCAGACUGCACUUCAGGAUGCUUUCCUUCUUGCUGAUGAUGUCUUACGCCAAGGCGUUCAAGGAAUCUCUGAUAUUAUCACAAUACCUGGGCUGGUGAAUGUUGACUUUGCUGAUGUAAAGGCCGUGAUGAAAAAUUCUGGUACUGCAAUGCUUGGAGUUGGGGCUUCCUCAGGGAAAAACAGAGCAGAAGCAGCAGCUGAGCAAGCAACUUUGGCGCCACUAUUGGGAUCGUCCAUCCAAUCAGCUACCGGAGUUGUUUACAACAUAACUGGAGGGAAGGACAUAACACUACAAGAAGUGAACAGAGUGUCCCAGGUGGUAACAAGUUUGGCCGAUCCAUCCGCAAACAUAAUAUUUGGUGCAGUGGUCGACGAACGUUUCAAUGGAGAGAUUCAUGUGACCAUCAUUGCAACUGGUUUCUCACAGUCGUUUCAGAAGACACUUCUAACAGAUCCUAAGGCAGCCAAACUUCUUGACAAGAUGGCAGCAGGGAGCCAAGAAACUAGCAAAGAAAGCCCUCUUCCUCUCAAAGCUACUGCUGCUGCAACUUCCACCACGCCUUCUCCGAGAAAGCUCUUCUUUUGAUCCCUUUUCUAGCCAUUUUGUUCCCCUCCUUUGGUUUAUUCUUAAGAUGGAGAGGUUUCCUCCUGCAAUGUUGCUGUGUAUUGAUUGUGAAGCUCCUCGAGUUGUAAAAUUAUAAUCUCUAUUCCUAUGCUUUUAGUUACUUAAUUGAAGCUCUGGCAAAUAAAAUAUAACAUCCAUAUGGAGAUGAAAAUGGGUUAAAAGAGGAGGUUAAGAAACACCAUGAAAUCAUUAGCUUUAUAGGGCUUGUAUUGUAUACUGUGCACUCAACACCAUUAUUGACUUCUGAUCUUCAAUUCAAAAUUUCUAUUACACAUUUCCAGUACA